AGAUCAUUGUUGUGGGAUAUAUUUUUUUUGUGUGUGUGUCACUUAGACAUAAUUUUUUUCCGAGCAAAUUUGUUCUCCUCCCCUCCACCCCCAAAGUGAAAAGGGAAUCUGUGCUCAAAGCCGCAGCUGAGAUUGCAGAGACCUUCCCUUCCUGAUCCUUAUCUCACCAGGAUGUAGGAGGAUCCCUCGGGAAUAGCUGGAAGCGUUUCGCUGGGGCCAUCCAAGAAACGAGCACAGCCUUUAAAUGGCAAAACCAUCGAGUGCUCGGCUGCGAUCCGAAAGCUUUAACCCCAUCUCGCUGUGACAUCCCCGGGGCUCCGGUCCGAGCUCCCGGGGCUCCUCUCUGCCGGUCAAGCCUGUUCUCCCCCUGCUGGUACAUCAGACCUCCCUGUCCUUACCCUCACGUGUGGUUUUAUAGGCAGCCCCCUUCACCACCCCACAGCCGAGCUGCCUCCGCUGUGACAGUGACAGAGAUGAGCUGGACUGAUAACUGGCCGCUUUACAGCAACUGCUGUUGACGUUUUUGCACCUCCACAGCUUGAAAGAGGAACCUGUAAACUAUUUCUUUGUGAGCUGCUGGUACGAAGGAGAGCGGAAGGAGCGUCCUCCCUCCCAGACAGCUUCCCAAGGCACUGGGGCUGCUGGAGGGAUGCAGUGAGCAUCGGGAGGGGUCUGCAGGGAGGAGGAUGGUUCCGGGGAGCUGAGAUAGCUGCAGGUCUCGGAUUUGCUGCCGGGUGCCCCAGCACAGAGCGUGGAGGUUGGAGGAUCCGGAGCCGGCACAGAGCGCUGAGGAUCCCGCGCCGAUGCUCUCCCGUUGCCUGCAGAGCCCAGGAUGCCCAACAGCAGCCUGGCCCUGAGCAGCCUGGACGGGCUCUACAUCGGCGCCGAGUGCCUGGUGGCCCUGGUUGCCACGCUGGGCAACGUCCUGGUGCUCUGGGCGGCGAGGCUGAGCGCGGCCUGCCAGAACACCACGCUCUAUUUCAUCGCCUCCCUGGCGCUGGCCGACGCUGCCAUGGGGCUGCUGGCCGUGCCCCUGGCCGUGGUGGUGAGCCUGGGCAUGGCCAUGCCCGCCUACAGCUGCCUCUUCAUGUGCUGCCUGCUGCUGGUGUGCAGCAACGCCUCCAUCCUGUCCCUGCUGGCCAUCGCCAUCGACAGGUACCUGCGGGUCAAGCUGCCCACCAGAUACAAAAUGCUCACUACAGAGAGGAGGGUGUGGUGGGCCCUGGGGCUGUGCUGGGCGCUGUCCCUGCUGGGGGGGCUCGUGCCCAUGAUGGGCUGGAACAAGGCCGGCCCCAGGAGCUCCAGCCACCUCAGGUGCAGGUUCAUCUCCGUGAUGAGGAUGGAUUACAUGGUGUACUUCUUCUUCUUCACGUGGACGCUCGUGCCCCUGCUCGUCAUGUGUGCUCUGUAUGCCGAGAUCUUCUACAUCAUCCACACCAAGCUCAGCCAAGGCAGCCGUGGCAGGGGGGCUGCGGCUUUCUACGCCCAGGAGCUCAAGGCAGCCAAGUCUCUUGCACUAGUUCUCUUCCUCUUUGCAAUCUCCUGGCUGCCUCUGUGCAUUAUAAACUGCAUUUUCUACUUUCACCCCGAGUCUCAGAUCCCCCCAUAUUUGAUUUACUUGGCAAUCCUCUUAUCCCAUGCCAAUUCUGCCAUGAACCCCAUUGUCUAUGCCUACAAGAUAAAGAAGUUCAAAACUACAUAUCUUUUAAUUUUAAGGACCUACAUCCUGUGCAAAAACCCAGACCCAGCUCUUACAGAGCAAACAACAGACCCAGAGUCAUAAAGAGAGGCUGAGGCAGCCAGUGAGAGCCAGAGCAUUGAUAAAGCUUUGCUGGGAAACUCUUGGGAAAGUGCAGCAGCUGUGGGUCUGAGCUGCUCUAAAGCUCCCUGUGAAUAUAUGUCUUUAUAAUAUAAUUUCUAAACACAGAAGAUGGAAACUUUGUCUGGUUGGGUGGUUUGGGGUUUUUUUAACAUGGAGAUUGGUUGAGCUGAUUGCAAACCAGGAUGUGUUCUUUGCUGUUCAUAAUCCAGCAGCUCACAAGCUCACUGACCAUUUUUGUCUAUUCAGACUCAACUUGAUUCUGGUCAGCUUGUGCUUCAGCCAGUGUUGUCACGUUUUCAUGAGUAAUAAUAAAUAGUGGAUGGAUUUGACACUAAUUCUGCCUUUGA